GGAGGUGGGCGCUGCUUUGGCGGCGGCAGCGGCGGCGGCGGCGGCUGGUGCAACGUAAGAUCCACCUCAGCUCAACUCCGCUCACAUCCCAGCCGGCACUUCCUCACUUUCUCGAGUGGCUCGCCGCCACCCAGCGUCCCUGCUUGACUGAGCCCUCCCCGGGGGCCGGCUUCCUGCUAGACUCGGGGGGGCUCUGUUUUCUGGCCUCCUUUUCGCUUGCCAAGAGGGGACUGAAUGGUUACGCCGGGCACGUUGGCUCCAGGAUGUUAGGGACCGUGAAAAUGGAAGGGCACGAAACAAGCGAGUGGAACAGCUACUACGCGGAGACUCAGGAGGCCUAUUCGACGGUGCCCGUGAGCAACAUGAACUCCGGCCUGGGCUCCAUGAAUUCCAUGAAUACUUACAUGAGCAUGAAUGCUAUGACCACCAGUGGCAACAUGACUUCGGGUUCCUUCAACAUGUCCUACGCCAACCCGAGCCUGGGGGCCGGCCUGAGCCCGGGCGGAACCGGAGCCAGCAUGAACAGCAUGUCGGCCAUGGGGUCGGCGCUGAGCCCCGGCGGCAUGAACGCGAUGGGCGCCCCGCAGGCUCCGCUGAACGGGCUGAGCGCCUACGGGGCCAUGGGGCCCUGCGUGAGCCCCAUGGGAUAUGCGCCCUCCAACCUCAGCCGCGGCCGUGACGCCAAGAGCUUCAAGCGCAGCUACCCGCACGCCAAGCCGCCCUACUCAUACAUCUCGCUCAUCACUAUGGCCAUCCAGCAGGCGCCCAGCAAGAUGCUGACACUGAGCGAGAUCUACCAGUGGAUCAUGGACCUCUUCCCUUACUACCGCCAGAACCAGCAGCGCUGGCAGAACUCCAUCCGCCACUCGCUCUCCUUCAACGACUGCUUCGUCAAGGUCGCCCGCUCGCCGGAUAAGCCCGGCAAAGGCUCCUACUGGACGCUGCACCCGGACUCGGGCAACAUGUUCGAGAACGGCUGCUACCUCCGGCGCCAGAAGCGCUUCAAGUGCGAAAAGCAACCCGGGGCCAAGGGUGGACCAGGGGGAGGCGAGGGAAGGAAAGACCCAGGCGGCGCCGGCUCGCCCUUGCACCGAGGCCAAGCCAAAGGAGGGCCGCUGGAGGCCGCCCCGUCCAACCCCAGCGCCGGCAGCCCGCAAGCCCUGGACCAAAAUGGGAACGGAGCCGAGUUGAAGUCCUCCGUGGCCGCGGCGGCGGCGGCCUCCGUCCCUAGCGGGCCCGCCUUGGCUCCCUUGAGUCACCCUGGCCACGCGCUGGGACCCCAUGAGCCGCAGCUGCAUCUCAAGGGCGACCCCCACUAUUCUUUCAACCACCCCUUCUCCAUCAACAACCUCAUGUCCUCCUCCGAACAGCAGCACAAGCUGGACUUCAAAGCCUACGAGCAAGCGCUGCAAUAUUCCUCCUACGGGGCCGGACUGCCUGGCGGGUUGCCUCUCAGCAGCGCCACCAUGGGCGGGAGGGGAGCCAUUGAGCCCUCGGCCCUGGAGCCCUCCUAUUACCAAGGUGUGUAUUCCAGACCAGUGCUCAACACCUCUUAGCCGGCCGGGUGGGACUGGAGGGUCAAGCGAGCGGAAUCUUCCCUCCCGCUCUUGUCUCUGUCUCUCUCUCCUUAGAUCUCUGCCCAAACUGACUGUUCGCUUGCCUCCGCCCCCCUCCGCCCCAGCGUGCGAUCCGUGCGAGGGAAAACAGAAAGGCAAACGGAUAAUAAGCGAAAGAAAGGACUGUUACUUUAUUAUCGUGGUUGUUCGGAUAAUGUGCGCCAGUGCGUCCCGUUUCUCCUGUUUCGGCCUGACAAGUCCAGCAAAUCCCAGCCCCGCCCACAUAUACAACCACUGUAUAUACCGGCCUUGCCUUCCCAGCCCAUGACCACUGUACAAAGCGAGCAAGGCUUCCAUUUUGGAACUCCUCAUUGGUUGAAUUUCCCCGCCUUUUCUUCUUUGAAGCCAUCUCACCACAAAGCGGGGGGGGGGGGAUAUUUUCACCGGGGAAAGGGAGGCCUCUGCUUGAGAGAGUCAAGGCUCGACCCAGGCAGCCGGGCCUGUCUCCUCCGAGCGUUGGUGGCUUCUGGGAGGCCUCUGCGUUGUGCGGGUUUUCCCACCCCUGAGGUGGAUUCAGUAGGUCGAAGUUGAGCCCGGACCUCCUGGCCUGCGUGUGGCUCUUCCCGGCAAACAACCGGGUGGAGAGUUGACAUUAGAUUAGGAGCGCGAACCUUUGAGGGAUGCCGCGCAAAGAGCGAGAACUCGCCUCCCAUUUUGAGACUUGGGGAAAGGGCGAUUGUUUCACGCACUGCUGGACUCCGUGGCAGAAGUCUGCCGCCCCCCCGCCCCGCCCCGCCCCGCCCCCCCCGCUCCAUCGUCUGCCACACACAUGCUGUGUCUGAACGGUUCGGGGUGGCCCCAGGGAAGCGCGGGUGACAGUCACAGGCACCUGAUCAAGGGCCAGGUCCUGAACCCCCCUGCCUCGUAAAGGAGCAGAGCACAGAUGGCAAGUGGCAUAGCGAAAGGGUCUCCCGCGUCUCCAAACUUCCUUGGGAUGGGGAUAGGAUAUAGAGCCUUACAGGUCACAGCCUUUUAAGGCAUGUUACUGUUAUUUCAACCCCUCUUCCCACAAGCUGUUACUGAGGAGUCUCCUUCAGCAUCAGGAACUCUCUUGGCCACGUGGAUGACCCGGUUAUUUAAUCUCAGUCUCUCCACCCACCCCCGCCGCCCCCUAACCGCGCGUGGGUUCCAGAACUCUGUGGCUAUUAUUGUUCCAGCCCUGCGCUGAAGAAUAUUCUGGACUGGGAGGUGGCUCCCUGGGCUGCUUUCAUCAGAUUAGUCCAUUCCCAAAUCACGGUUGCCACCGCCCUCCCAAAUUUUUUGAGGCCGCUUAAUUCUACCGUUGUUAGCACGUUCAUCCAGUGUUAAUGCACUUUCUACAGUUUUUACAUGAUGUUUUAGCAUAGCCAGACGGGUUUUUCCCCUCCCCCUUUUUGAUUUUUUUCCCCGUUUGCCUUCACGGUAUUCUUAAUUUAUUUGCACGGUUUAUACUUUCUUUCUUGACAGCUUGAAAGUGCUUUAAAUAAACGGUUUUAAAAUGACACACCAUUUUAAAGAAAAUAAAAAUCUUAAUUUUAUAAUAAAUGUGAUUGUAAUUGAAAAAAAUGUUUUGAUUCUUUUGGUUUUUUUAAAUGACAAUAUAAGCCAUGGAGUAUGUUUUUCCCCCUCUCCUUUUAAUUUUUU